CGUUAUAACUUUUCUAGAGAGAGAAAGGGUAACGAUGCAAAAGUAAAAAGACAGAGAAUCGGUUAUUUUCUUCCUCCUGAGAAAAUCCAAAUCCAAUUUUGUUUACAGAGAUAAAAAUCACAUCACUCAUCACUGUGUUUACAGAACAAGAUUGAUUUUUAAUCAUUUUGAUUUUGAGAGAGUAGAGAUAAUGGAGGUAGAAUUAAAGGAAUUGUUGAAUGAUGUUGAACAGCUCAAGAAUUCUUCGUCAGAUCCCAAUCAUCUUCCUUUGAUUCUUAAGAAUUCAGGUUUUAUUUUACGAUACCGGGGAAUUUCUUAGUACUUUUUGUAUCAAGCAUUUCCGAUCAGAAUCAUUAAAACUGACGAUUGGAUCUUGAUUGACCCAGCUGGAGGAACGUUUAGAAAACCUGACGAAUCUUGCGAAAUCAGCAAAUUCUAGGCGGAAUAAAGUGAAGGAUAUGAGUGCUGAAGUAGUAGAUAGCAAUCCAUAUAGUAGACUAAUGGCACUUCAAAGGAUGGGUAUUGUGGAAAACUAUGAAAGAAUACGAGGAUUCUCUGUUGCCAUUGUUGGAAUAGGUGGAGUAGGUAGCGUUGCAGCUGAGAUGCUAACAAGGUGUGGUAUAGGUCGCCUGUUGUUGUAUGAUUAUGAUACAGUGGAGUUAGCUAACAUGAAUAGGCUAUUCUUCCGCCCGGAGCAGUGCGGCAUGACCAAGACAGAUGCUGCUGUGCAAACUCUUUCAGAUAUUAAUCCAGACGUCAUACUCGAGAGCUACACAUUGAAUAUCACCACAAUGCAAGGUUUUGAAACAUUUGUGGAAAGCUUGAAGAAUCAAAAAUAUCGUCAAACUAAAAAUGGUACUGGAGUCGAUCUGGUUUUGAGCUGUGUAGACAAUUACGAAGCACGUAUGGUUGUAAACCAGGCUUGCAAUGAGCUGAACCAGACAUGGAUGGAGUCUGGAGUAUCUGAAGAUGCCGUUUCUGGUCAUAUACAAUUGCUUAUUCCAGGGGAAACAGCUUGUUUUGCAUGUGCUCCUCCUCUGGUGGUGGCUUCUGGGGUAGACGAACGGACAUUAAAACGUGAAGGUGUUUGCGCUGCAUCUUUGCCCACCACAAUGGGUGUUAUUGCUGGUCUUCUGGUUCAAAACACACUCAAAUACUUGCUAAAUUUUGGACAAGUAUCCCCAUACUUGGGAUAUAACUCUUUAAAGGACUUCUUUCCCACAAUGGCAAUGAAACCAAACCCACAGUGUUCAAACUCACCUUGCUUGGAACGACAGGAGGAGUACAUGCUCACAAAACCAGAAAGGGAUGCUGCAUCUAAGGCAAAAAUGGAGGCUGAAGCAUUAUUAGUAGUAGAAUCCCCUGUCCAUGCUGAAAAUGAGUGGAACAUAAGUGUGGUUGAUGAUGACGAUGAGAUGGAGAAGAAGGAUUCUGUUCACAUAAAUUCGAAUGCUCUUCCAGAAGGUCUUGUUCGUGAACUUCCAAGUGCAGAUGAUUUUCAAACUUUACCGGUUCCAGCAGAAGAAUCAAGUAAUCCUAUUGACGACCUUGAGGAACUCCGUCGCCAACUUGAUGCCCUUAAUGCGUAACCCUUAAACCAACCAUGGGGCUUGUUAUUCAUCAUAACUGCUAACCUUUUUAAUAUACCAAAAACAAAAUCACAAACUACUGUAGGAUUUUGAUAGUUUUCACAGAAGAAAAUACCUUUCUUUUGUUUGUUACUAUUAAAUUAGGGGAGGUAGGUAUUAAAGACUAAUCUGCGGCCCUUGAUGGUUUCCAAUGCUUGCAAUCCAUCAGAAGUAAGGGAAUUCACUCUUACCUGAGGUUUCACAUUUUGAUUUUAGAAAUUUGCCAAUGAAUAUAGUCUUUAUUUCAUUUUUGUUUUUGUU